GUUACAGCUGUAAUUGCUAUUACUUUCACGUUUAUUUCAACCCAGUUAGAAUAUUCACUUUCGCUGCGUCGCUUGGAAAGGUUGACGCAAUAUUUUUAGGGAAAACAAACAAAUUUGAAAUUCCGAUGGAAUUUGGAAUAAAUCAAGUUUACUAUAAAUAUGAUACUAGACCAGAAGGGGAUGGAAUAAAUUAAACGGCUCCUUUGUUCGUCAUCGCGAGGCUAUCCGAAGGGGAAGAUUAUCCACCCUCGUUUACUGCACUAGGGGGUUGCAUCUAUGACAGUGGCACCGCCGGCGGUGGUAAAUCGGAAGAAAACAUGACACCACCACCACCACCACCACCACCACCGCACCACCAUGGUGGCGACUCCAUCAUGUCCUGUCCCCGCACCCUUAUUAUAGGAGACGGCAUAUCGGGGGCGAACGAACAAAAUAAGCUAAUAUUGUUGUACGUCGGCCCCUCGUUGGCGAGACUGGCCAGGCCGGCAGGGGCGCCGGCUCCUCCGGAGACCCGGAGCAACUCGGAGCCAGCCAACGUUCACCCCCUUGCCGACGCCGGCGGUUGGCGGCAUCCUCUCAUUUCAGGCCAGGAAAUAAUACCACAUUCAUCACAUAUUCUCCUUCUUAAACGUAAUCGAAUACAGUGUGUCGCGAAAUAUGUAGGUACCCAAUAAAAAUUAUUCAGAAUUGUGCGA